GCCAUUUUGCGUUAUUGAGUUGUGUGGGAAAGAGCGAAGUUUCUAGGUAUUAGGUGUUGACGCAAAGGAGGUAACACGUUUCACGGUGUUGAUUUCUACUGUAAUUUGCAGUAUUAUUCUGAACAUAGUGAAAAUUAGUAUUCAGAAGAAUAAUGUCUAUGUUUGGCGCAUUGCUGGGUGAUUUUGAGGAUGAUCCUUUUUUUGGGUCUCAUGUGCACUCCAUGCACUCCAUGCACCAAAUGAGUGACAUGAUGAACUCCAUGUUUUCAAAUCCUUUUGGGAUGUUUGGAAUGGGGCCACCAGCCAUUACAUCCUCCUUUGGGGAUACACGUAUGAGUGAUAGAUCCCGAACAGAUCUCAUGCCUUUUGGCUUCCCAAACAUGAACAGAAUGUUUGAGAAUAUUGACCGGAUUGGAAAUCCUGGUGGCCACUCUUUCAGCAGCAGCACAGUGAUGACCAUGACAAGUGGGCCUGAUGGAAGACCACAGGUAUACCAAGCUUCAUCAUCAACAAGGACAGCUCCAGGAGGCGUGAAGGAAACUAAGAAGAGUGUAUGUGACUCACGUUCUGGCAUGAAGAAGAUAGCUAUUGGUCAUCACAUUGGUGAGAGAGCACAUGUACUGGAACGUGAGCAAAACUUGCAUUCCGGAGAGCGUGAGGAACGCCAGGAGUUUAUCAAUCUUGAGGAAGAGGAAGCAGAAGAAUUCAACAGGGAAUUUGAGCAAAGGACCAGGCAGUCACUGGGCGCAAUUGGUUAUUCCUCCCCUAAUUCUUCAAGUAGACAUGGCAGACGUCACCGUGAACCCCAACUGGCAUUGCCUGCAUCGUCCUCCAGCUCUCGUCUUAGAUCACGAAGUUAUUUACCAUCAUCGUGUGAUCGCAGAAGUCAUCGAUCUUCACCAGUUCCUUUGAGUCCCAGUAGCAGCAGCGUUUCACCACCACAACAAGAACGAGCAAGGAAGCGUGAUCAUGAACCUGAUGUUGAAAGGAAGCACAAGGCCCUGAAACCAUCACAGCAUUCACCUCGAGAGACCAAUAUGUGAAUAAUCAGCACAGAGCAACUGGUUGAGGAUUACAGUAUCACAGGAUGUCAUCAGAUUUUCACAAAAUAUUGAUACCACUUUGCACUUCUUGGUCAAGAAUGUUCAUUUCUUUCUGAGAGUUCAUGAUUUCAUACUACCAACCUAAUAGCACAAUUUGCAAUGUGAAAGCAGGAUGGACCAGAAAAUACACUGAAGUGAAUGAAAUGUUGGUUCAGGUAUCAUUGUAUUGUUUGAGUUAAAAAAGUAAUACUCUAUAUGCUGGGAUGAGUUAAAUGGAAUCAUUCUGGUCUUCCUUUGUGAAAUCCUCUUCAUUAUUAUAACAUGAGGUUUUUGUUUGUUUAUAUUUAGUUAUGCUGAGCUGUUCAGAGAUUUCAUCACUUCAACUCCACUGAAAGGGUUCACCUUAAACUUACAGAUGUUUGUGGGCGUGUUGCUGACAUAAUUGAAUUUCCCAAACUGUUAACUUUACAUGACACUUAAAUUUGCAGAUGAGUUAAUAUUGAUGCCCAUUAUAAACAAUAUAGUUUAUAUAUUUAGUAGAGCAGUGUGGAAUGUGAAUUUUCUUGAAAUCAGGCUUAUUGGCAUUUCAUUUCAUAUAAAUAUUGUGUUCAGACGCAUCUAAUCAGGGGUAGUAAAUGGCUAGAUUCCCUUUUGUGUACAAUACAUGUGUUAUAUCCUACUUGUUUUGACUUCCUGGGAAAUCAUCAUUAGAAGCAUGAUUUUAUUUACAGUAUUUUAUAACUUGUGUCAUCCUUGAAAACUACUGACUGAACAUUGGACAGGUAAUUUUAAUUAUAAAAUAUCUUAUUAGUAGUUUGUUUAAGGAUUACAUGUAUUUUAGACAUAAGUUAUAAAACAUUCUUGUAAAUCAGUUGUGUUCACAUGAACCAAAUCAUGCUCUUGAUGACUUUCCAGAAAGUCGAGUCAUACAGGAUACAACACAAAAAUAAACUGUAAACAAAGGAAAACAUGGCAGUAGAUUUCUCCUAAUUAAUUGCAUUUAAUGGUGUUAAAAUAUAUAUGAAUUUAAUUUGACUGCAUUGAAAUGUGUGUUUCAUGACAGGGCAUUAAAUUUGUAAUUUAUCAGUACAUUUUUAAAAAUUGUGUUUAUGCUCCAUACUGGUUUUAUGUAUUGAAUAAAUCACUGUACCAGUAGAGGCAGUGUAAACUAACAUAAAGAAGAAGAAGAAGAUUUGCUGUAACUUGCAGUGCUGUAUUUAGGCUUAUGCAGUUCCCAGUUACAAGAUAGAAGGGCUAAGCUUGUUUCUUCGUUACAUUUUUUAAGUCUGACUUACGUGGAGUUUGUAAAUUGAAAUAUAUUAGGAUUCAAACAUGACGAGUGAAUGACCGUUAUGCUAAAAGAUGUAGAUGUAUGAGCUUACAAUGUGGCAAGACUUUCUGCUCAAGCCUAAUUAUCAUGCAUUGAAAUGCUUACAGUCUGCACCACAUUUUUUGCAGGUUGGCAACACUAUAUGCAUACUUUUUGCUUGAAGUAAUUUAAAUGCUUAAAAUUUAGAAUUAAUUGUUCUGCUUUUCUGGUAUGCUUGGGUCCUUAAUCUUCCAUUGAACAAACAGUAGAAUGUAACUAAAAUGAAAGACCCACCCAAAACAGUGUAUUUUGGGGAAAAUAUUAAGGUAUGAAAGCUAGAAGAUAAUGGUGCAGCACAUAUUUAAAAGCCAUAAUUUUUCUUGUUAUAGGGCAGGGUUUGCAAGUAGCUAUCUGUAUUCUGAGUGUAAUUUAUUUUGUCUAAUUUUAAUGUCACAGUUUGUGACAUGGCAUGAAAAUUGCUAAAGAAAUUGAAUUUUAAAUUUCAGCAUUCCAUUAUCUUUCAAAUUAUUGAGGCAGAUAAUGCGCAUUAAUUAUUCCAUACCUCUCACUCGUGUGUGUAGGCUGUUCCUAGACUGGAAUAAUUCAUCCCUUCCUCAAACACUGUUAAUCUUUAUUUCUGGUCAUUUUGUUUUUGUUGUUAUAAUAAUGACUUUUUUUUUUAAAUGUUGACAUGACAGUUUCAAAGAAAGACGCUGUUGAAUACUGACUCUGCUUUAUCUUUCAGAACACCUAUAGCUACCAACUCUCUAAUUGACUCACUCAUUCACAUCUGUCGUUAAUGCAACUUAAAACUGUUCAUGAUUUCUCUUUAAUUUAAAAUUACAUCAAUUGCUACAUGUUUCAACCUUUGCCAUCUUCAGGCAGUUCGGUUUUUGAAACUGUCUCAUUGCAGUAGAUCUUAAGUCGAUAUAUUUCUGUGCUGUUGCAUAUUGUUCACACUAAAACGUGCUUGCUUGGGAAUAAAGCUCUCCACUCAGAUUUA